AUGGCCGCUGCUUAUUACGAACAGGGCGGUAUCGAUGGUGCUCGCUCCCCAGAUCUGUUUCUCGACUACUUGAACCGUCGGUACGGGGACCCGAACGCAAAGGCACGAGCACUGGAUCGACUUCGAUCGUUGAAGCAGAAGCCUGAUGAGAGUUUCGCCAGUUUCUUCCCAAAGUUCGAGAAAGAGCUUGCCGAUAGUGGCGGUGGCGAGUGGGCCGACGUGGUGCAAAUCAAUUACUUGGAAGGAGCAAUUAAUAAUAGGCUCAAGUCGAGUCUCGUCAGUGCCGUCAGUCUCCCGAAGGAUUUCAACAGCUACGCCGAGCUACUCUUGACGAUUGGCUCGCGCCUAGAUAGCCUCAAUUUCCACCAACGACAACAAGGCCGCGAGCAGAGGUCAAGAAAGGAGUAUGGUCGUUUAUCCGAACCGCUCGAGUCCCGACAAAAGCCCCCGUCACCCGGAUCGCCAACCACGUCGUCCCCGUCCGAUGAUCAGAUGGAUUGGGAACCCGAGCGCAAAUGUUACGAGUGCGGGAAGCUUGGCCAUCUUGCGGCCAAGUGUCCCGGGAAGGAGCGGCGGCAGCAGAGAGUCAAGGAGCGCGCAAAGGCUGAGGCGGAAUGGGCAACUCAGAAGGACGAGAUGGACUGUGAAGGCCUCUACGUAAAUUUCGGUAUCAAUCGAGAGUAUUUCACCACGGCCUUCGUUGACUGUGGUUGCCUGUGUUAUGGGACCAUCAGUGAGCGCCUUGCCCGCAAGCUUCACCUGCCGCGUAUUCCGAUUAAACCUCGAGCGUUGGAGCAGGUCAACACAUUCUCACCCGAGGCCAUCUGUGCCGUGACCUACUUCGACUUCGAUAUCGACGGGUACCAGAAGAAAAGAGCUUUUUUCUACGUUGUGCGAGACCAGACCGAUCCUGUGAUUCUGGGCAAGAAGUGGUUGAACCAGGAGGAUGUCACCUUGCGAUUAUCGCAGAACCUCUUGCAUAUCGGGACGCACGACCAUUGGGUGAAAGGCCGAGACCCGAAGGAGGAGGAACGGUGCAACAUACGAGGACAGGCGGCGUUCGUGUUCGCCGGAAUGACUCUCACUGAGCUACUCGACAAGGGUUUCAUUCGAGCAAGUAGUUCUCCAGCGUCAGCACCAGUUUUGUUCAAAGACCGAUAUCCCUUGCCGUUGAUCGAGGAAACUUUGCGGUCGCUGUCCAAGGCCAAGUGGCUCACCAAACUUGACGUUAUCGCAGCAUUUCACAAGAUUCGCGUCGAGGAGGAGACGAGUGGAAGACAGCAUUCAGAACACCGUUACAUAAACCACACGUUGCGAGAUUUCCUCGACGAGUUCUGUUCCGCUUACAUUGACGACAUCUUGAUCUACUCGAGCGAUGCAGGCCUGCAGAUUGAUAUCGACAAGUGUGACUUUGAGGCAAAGAGUGUCAAGUACCUGGGCUUCAUCGUCGAAGCCGGGAAAGGUAUCCGCGUGGACCCGGAGAAGGUGCAGGCAAUUCAGCAGUGGCAGCGACCCCGUUCUGUCAAAGGCGUCAGAAGCUUUCUGGGGUUUGCCAACUAUUACCGGCAAUUCAUUCCCAGAUUCUCCAACAUCGCCGCGCCUCUAACGGCGUUAACAAAGAAGGAUGCGGUGUUUGCGUGGUCGAAGGAGUGCGACAAGGCCUUCGAGGAGUUGAAGGCUCUUCUGACCAGUGCGCCGGUCCUUGCGCAAUGGGAUCCGGAUAGAGAGACGAUUGUGGAGACGGAUUCAUCCGGUUAUGUCACAGGAGGGGCGCUCUCGCAAAAGGGCGAUGACGGCAUCAUGCGGCCUGUGGCCUUCUUCUCAAAGAAAAACGCACCGGCGGAGUGCAACUACCCAAUCCACGAUAAAGAGCUGCUGAAGCAGCAACUGAGUGAACGUCAGGCGCGAUGGGCUGAGACGCUAUCGCGGUACAGCUUCACCAUCAAGCAUCGACCGGGCAAAGAAGCCGUCGUACCGGACACGCUGUCUCGACGAGAACAGGACAUGCCGCACAGCGCCGAAGAUGAUCGGUUGCAAGGACGACGUGUUCAGCUGCUGCAACGUAACAAGGGUGGCCUGGUGACAAAAGUCAAGAGCGGUUAUGUCACCAAGGGCGACACGGAUCAACCCGAUGACGCAACAACUGACCAAGACGACUCAAUCGAAAACCCUUUCUCGGACCCGGAACUGCAGAAGUUAUGGGACGAAGGUGUCAGGCACAAUCGUCAUUGGCUCAUCCGAAAGGCCCGAAUUUGGGUGCCGAACCACGAACCCCUGCGACACCCCGGACGGGACAUGCUGAAGUCCUUGUUGAGCCGCAAGUUUUAUUGGCCAGGCCUCGAUUCAGACCCGCUACCUAUUCCAGACAGGAUCUGGUCGGAGCUGUCAAUUGACUUUGUGACAGACCUGCCACCAACCAAGUCGAACGGUUCGACCAACCUUAUGGUCGUGACGGACAGACUGUCCAAAAGUGUCGUUCUUGAGUCAUUGAAGGACAUCACGGCCGAGACGACGGCCAGAGCAUUGCUACGGAACGUGGUGCAACACCAUGGCGUGCCGCGCGCGAUCGAUAACUGGGAAGAGCUGUUGCCAGCGGCCAUGAUGGCCAUCAACAAUCACAACUCGACGUCGACAGGCCUGAGCCCGUUCUUUAUCACGCAUGGGUAUCAUGUUGACCCGAUACAAGUCAAGGAGAAGUUACGGACGGACGGAAGGUCCCCAGUGACCAGGGCUGAAAGCAUUGUGCAACGAUUUCGAGAGGCAACGGAAUGGGCCCAGGCGGCAAUUGCGUCAGCGCAAGAGCAGCAAGAGAAGAACGCCAAUUCGCGAAGACAGCCGUCAGACCAGUUCAAGCCUGGAGACAAGGUAUGGCUGCGACUUCGCAACAUCCGAUCCAAUCGGCCAUCCAAGAAGCUCGAUUGGCUGUCGGCCAAGUACACCGUCCUGGAGACCAUUGGGUCACACGCGUGCAGGCUGGACACGCCUCCGGGAAUACACAACGUGUUCCACACGUCGGAUGACUACCGCCCACCGGCCAUUUUGACGGACGAUGGCGAGCUGUGGGAAGUGGAAGAGAUUCUGGACAGGAAGAAAGUCGGGAGAGAGUGGAAAGUGUUGGUGAAAUGGGUCGGAUGGAUAGGUCCGACGUGGAGCCAGUCAAGUACGUCGCAGACACAAUAG